AACGAUGCGUUGGUCCGAAAAUGAAUAGCUUAUUAAUGGCUUUAACUAGCUGAAAUUGAAGUCGAGCCAAUCCAAGCUUGCUGUGUCAGCCCGGAUCACUCGGCCGUCGGUUCUCGCGUUUUUGUACGUCUUGUAAAGACGUAGUACAUACAGCUUUGAUAUUUCGUUUAGCUAAGCCUGUGUCGUAAUAUUAUGGCAUAUGCAGUGAGGUUCGCCAAUAGAGCAAGCGCUCUGUCGCUUCUGCGACCAGCGACAGCUGUGCCCUCUGCCUGCCUCGCACCGAUGUCGGCAAUGAGCCCAAAGCAGGAGGAAGCGACCGAGUACUUCUUCAAAAAGAACAAGUCACUAAAAAGGCCCCUGUCGCCCCACCUGAGCAUUUAUGCGCCGCAAAUGACAUCAAUGCUUUCACUGACACACAGGGCAACUGGCUGUGCUAUGGCAGUAGGCCUGUACGGAAUGGGUGUGAUGCCAUUUAUGUGCUCCCACAACUUCCCACACUAUGUGGAGGCACUGCAGGCCAUGCACAUUUCGCCCAUACUCACUUUCCCGGUGAAGCUUGGCCUGCCUUUUGCCUCUCCUAUCCACACCUUCAAUGGCAUGCGCCACCUGGCCUGGGAUUUGGGCCUUGGCUUUAGCCUCAGGAGCUCUACGCAACAGGCUUUUUGUCAUCGGCCUCAGUCUGGUGAUGGCAGUAGUGUUGGCCUUCAAGUAGACCACCUUGUGUCUGGCGAGCAGCACUUACAGCCCAGUGACACGGCACUCCCUUAUUUAAGGCUUUGCAUAGACAUGAAAAGAAAAAUGGUACAGCACUCAUUCUUGACAUGUUGUGUCUGGUUUUCUGAUUGUUAAUAAAAUACCUGCAACAAAUGUGCAUGUAGGUGA